AUGGGAUUCCCAGAACGAGACGCAGAUGCGGGGGAAGAUGACGAGGAAGCGCAAAGAGUGGCGAGUUCAGGCGCGGCGAUAAAAGCGAAGAAGGUCGUGACGAAGAAUAAAGCGAAAGCGGAGGGAGCGGAGAAGGAAGCGGGGGAGGAAGCGGGGGAAGGAGCGGAGGAGGAUGACGCGCUGCUGACGAAGCCGCCGUCGAAACGGCAGCAGUUGAUGCAGCACUUACAAUCCCCCGUUUUUAUCACCCGGCUAGUUAUGAUGGCGUUUCUGGUGAUUGUGGUGGUGGUUCUCACAGUCGGCACGUGGUUCGCCGCCAGAACUGCCUACAGCCAAUCGCUCGACGCCGUCGCCCUUCAGCUGCGCGAGAAGACACUAGUGGGCGUGCAGGAGCAGUUUCUGCUGUACAUAAACCGCGACCGCGACGUGCUCGUGUCGCUCUCCUCUGUGCUCGAAACCACCUUCCAACAGCUGCGCACGUGGAACCUAACCCUUAACGAUAACCUCAGACUGGUCCGUCCCCUACUCUGGUCGUUCUUCAAGAGCUCACUCCCACACAUCACCACGCUCGGCUACUACAGCAUGACAGGCCCUUUUGUAACAUACGCACAGUACGACCUGGCUAAACAGUCCUUCGCCUCGCAGGACGGAUCUCUCUCCAUGGUCUAUUCCAGAAACGUUCUCCCCAACUCCACCGCCCCCUGGUUCAUCCUGCCCACAAACUCCUCCUCCGGGCUGCCCGCAAACAACACCCCGACGCCGUUCAAGCCACUGCCACUAGGAUCCGUGGAGCUAUACCAGCAGAUUGAGCGCGGAGAGGAGAACCUCCUGUGGACGUUCAACGCGAUUCAAGACCUGUCCGGCCCGAUGCUUGUCGCCAGCUCGGCUGUGCACAGCCCGGGGGUGACUCCCCCUGCGGGCGUGCUCAUUCUCGGGUCGUCCGUGGGCAUAGUGAACCGGUUUCUCGUGCAGGACACGAUAGAGGGGUGCGUGAUGUACAUCGGGAGCUCUGAGGGGUUCCUGGUGGCUACGUCAACAGGGGUAGCUACGUCCACUCCAACUGGGGAGGGGCGGCUGCAGCAGUUUGUGAAUGCGACGGAUGUGGAGGAUGCGACGAUUGCAGGCGUGGCGCGGUAUUUGGAGCGCGAGUACGGGCUGCCGGCGCUGGUGGCGGGGAAUUAUAGUCUGAGCAAUGUGGAUGUGGUGGGGCGCGCGUGGUAUGUCAGCAGCAUGGGCUUCGCCGUUGAUAACCUGAAGCUGGCUGGGUGGUAUGUGCUGCCCUUGACCAUCUCCAUAGCAGCCCCCGAGUCUUCAACCGAUGCCUGGUACCUGGCGAUGAUCCUCCCACGCACGUCUGCAAUAGGGGUGAUGGAUCAGGAGAUAGAGAUGAUGAUUAGCUCCACCUCUUGCAUGUCCCCAAUUGUCCCAAACCCUCUCCACCCCUCUCCACCAUUCUCUCCAACCCACCAGUAUCUGGUGAUCAUCCUGCCACGCACGUCCAUCAUGGGAACGGUGGAUCAGGAGAUGGAGACAAUGAUCAUCGUGACAUCCUGCGUGGCGGUGGGGCUGCUGCUGCUGGGGUGGGUGGUGGUGAUCUUCCUCACGCUCUACGUGGACACGCGCAUGCGCCCCAAGGAGGAGCUGCAGCGCCAGAAGGAGGAGACGCAGCGAGCCCAGGCGGCCUCGGAGGUCAAGAGCCAGUUUCUUGCCAACAUCUCCCACGACCUGCGGACUCCCAUGGCCGGCAUCCUGGGCCUGCUGGACAUAAUGCUGUGUGACCAUCUAACGGCCGAACAAGAAGCCAAUCUGAGGCAGAUGAAGUCGUGCUGCGCUUCCCUCCUUGGGCUGCUAAACAACCUGCUGGACCUGGCCAAGGUGGAGGCGGGCCGCAUGCAGCUGGAGGUGCUGGAGUUUGACAUUGUGGGCGAGCUCGAGUCGCUCGUCGACAUGUUCAGCGUGCAGGGAUUGAGCAAUGGCACGGAGAUUGCUCUCGAUCUCUCGGAUGAUAUUGAGCGGACGGUUAAAGGGGACCCUUCCAGAGUCCGACAGGUGUUUGCGAAUCUGCUGAGCAACGCGUGCAAGUUCACGCGGAACGGGCAGGUCAUUGUGAGGGGGUGGAUGAGACACAACCCGCCGCCCCACCUGCGCGACUCAGACCUGUCCAUCCCAGGGGAGAAGAAGCGCAGCGGCCACGGUCCCAGUGUGGACGCGGACGGCACGCCAGCUUCUGCCACCACCAGCGCUGCCACCGACGCUGCAGGCAGCACAGAGGGCGACACUGACACUUCAGCAGCAGCAGGCGCAGCAUCAGCAGCAGGGGGAGCAGGAGGGGGCGCAGGGGCAGCAGGGGGGGCGGGUGGGGGGGGGAAGGAGGGGGGACGGGAGAGGCGGAUGGUGACGUUUAUGUUUGAGGUGGAUGAUUCGGGGCCGGGCAUCCCCGCACACAAGAGGCAGCUCGUCUUUGAAAACUUCCAGCAGGCCGAUGCUUCCACCAACCGCACCCAUGGCGGCACGGGGCUCGGGCUGGGCAUCGUCAAAUCCCUGGUGCAACUCAUGGGGGGGCACAUAGCGGUGGUGGACAAGGAGGGGGCGGGGGCGCGGUUCCGGUUUGACCUGUGCUUUGAGGCGCUGGACCACAGCAGCGUGUGGAAGAACAGCAUGCUGCAGCCUGAGUUCCUGCUGCCCAAGCUCACCACCGUCGAGGGCGGCCAAGUCCUCCUUGCCAUGCGCGAGGAAUCCGCCGGCGCUGCCAUCGCCUGCGCGUGGCUGGAGCGGCGGAAGCUGCACGUGUGGCGGGCCACGCAGUGGGGCGAUAUCAUGCCAGCUGUCUCGUCUAUGCUGGUUCACAGAGCGUCGGAUCGAGCGGGGUUACAGCCGAGGGUGUCGAGGUCUAUGAGCUGGUCGCUCCCCCCACCAGUGGAGGAGGAGGACGGGGCAGUGGACAAACAGGCGCCCGCCACGUCAGCAGCGGGAUCCCGCAGAGCGCUGCCGUCCCCGGCGUCGCUGGCAGCAGCAGCGGGCGGCAUGUCUCCAUCUGCCAGACUCAUGGCACGGGGGGGCGUGGGGGGAGGCGGGGGAAGAGAGGGGGGAACAGGCGGAGGGGGGGGAGGGGCAGGGGGAGCGGUGGGGUCACCAGGAGAUACCGCGGCUGGUGGGACUGGGGAAGGGCCAGGGGCGGCAGGGGGCGUGGGAGGGGCGAGUGAGAGUCAGAGGGAUGGUGGCAGUGGCAAGGGGUCAACACACAGAGUGGGCCGCGCUCGCUCUAUGAAGCAUUCACCGGGGGCAGUCGGGGAAGGCAACUUUGAGACUGCGCUGGCCAGCAAGCGGGUUCUAAUUGCAGAGGAUACAGCACUGUUGCGCAAGGUGGCCAUAAUCCGGAUGCAGAAGCUGGGGUGUGAGGUGGCCAUAAUCCGCAUGCAGAAGCUGGGGUGCGAGGUGGAGGCAGUGUGUGACGGGCAGCAGGCAGUGGACGCCAUUCUCGCCACCUACGCUGCCAGAGACACUCAGGGAGACGCCGCCAUGCACUUCGAUGCUGUUCUCAUGGACUGCCAGGGAGACGCGGCCACGCGAUUCGAUGCCGUGCUCAUGGACUACCAGGUAGGCUUGAUCGAUGGCCCUCUCAUGCUCAUGGACGAGCGACGGGAACAAGUGCCUGGACGAGGGCGUGGAUGCGUACUCACCGCUUCCCAUCCCCCUCUCGCUUCUGACCCUCCCAACUUACGAACGACCCCCCUCUUCCCCGUUUCCUCACUGCAUAUGCCGGUGCUGGAUGGUCACAGGGCGACAGCAGCCAUCAGGGCAGCAGAGGCAGGCACACGGUUCCACACGCCCAUAGUGGCGCUCACAGCGCACGCCAUGACCAGCGACGACUCACAAGCAGGGCGCUCACAUCCUCCCUUUCACCACUCCCAUGCUUUUCCGUGUUCCCUCUUCCCCCUGCCCUCACUCCAGAUGCCUGUGUUGGACGGGUACGGGGCCACGGCAGCUAUAAGAGCAGCAGAGAGCGGAACGCGGUUCCACACACCCAUAGUGGCGCUCACAGCCCACGCCAUGACAAGCGACGAGAAGAAGUGUUUGGAUGCGGGCAUGGACGCGUACCUCACCAAGCCCAUUGACCCGGCCCUCAUGGCGCACACGCUUCUCUCUCUUAUGACUCGCUACCCGCGCUGCUGCGUUCCUCACAUUGAGAGCAUUGCGGAGGGUGAGGAGGGGAGUGUAGCAGUUGACGUUGCAGGUACAGCUGACGCCUCUGCUGCUGGGGGAGGGGUAGGCGCAUUUGGUUCUGCUCCGGGGGAGCGACCGGUGUCUCCUGUUGCGGCUCUUGUGGUGACCAUGCAGCCGUGA